CUUCUCAGCGCUUGUGUGCUGCCCAGGAUGGAAGCAACAAGGAAAUGAGUGUUUAAUAGCUGUGUGCGAGGGGAACUUCACCUGCAAGGAGAACGAGGUGUGUGUGAGGCCCAGCGAGUGCCGCUGUCGCCACGGGUACUUUGGCGCCAACUGCGACACCAAGUGUCCCCGCCAGUUCUGGGGUCCUGACUGCAAGGAGAUGUGCAGCUGCCACCCAAAUGGCCAGUGCGAGGAUGUGACAGGCCAGUGCACCUGCAACCCCAACCGCUGGGGGCCCAAGUGUGAAAAUGGCUGCCUUUGCAAGCAUGGCAAGUGUGAUCAGAAAACGGGCAAAUGCACCUGUGAGCCCAACUGGUGGGGUCCCCAGUGCUCCAGCUCCUGCUACUGCAGCCACAACUCACAGUGCGACCAGCAGACAGGGAGCUGCCUGUGCCAGCCAGGCUGGUGGGGCCGUGGCUGCAACAAUCAGUGUUCCUGCAACAACUCACCCUGCGAGCAGUUUACAGGGCGCUGCCAGUGCCGUGACCGGACAUUUGGGCCACGCUGCGACCGCUACUGCCAGUGCUACAAGGGCAAAUGCAACCAGGUGGACGGGACCUGCACUUGUGAGCCAGGAUACCGGGGCAAAUACUGCCGUGAACCUUGCCCAGCUGGCUUCUACGGCCAAGGCUGCAGGAGGCGCUGUGGACAGUGCAAGAGUCUGCAGCCUUGCACUGUCGCUGACGGACGCUGCCUAACCUGUGAGGCUGGCUGGAACGGCACCAAGUGUGACCAGCCCUGCUCACCCGGCUUCUAUGGAGAGGGCUGCGAGAAAAUUUGUCCUCCAUGCAAAGAUGGUCACACCUGCAACCACAUCAAUGGCAAGUGCUCACACUGCAACCCUGGCUGGAUUGGAGACCGGUGUGAAACCAAGUGUCGAAACGGGACGUACGGCGAGAACUGUGCCUUCGUGUGCAGCGACUGCGUCAAUGGCGAGUGUCACUUCGAGACGGGCAGAUGCCUCUGCCGGGCAGGGUCCCAUGGCACUUACUGUAACCUGACUUGCCCGCCAGGCCACUAUGGAGCCAACUGCGCUGAGGCCUGCAUCUGCCAUGAUGACACCUGUGAUCCGCUGACAGGCGCCUGCCACAUGGAGGCCAACCAGCGGAUGGGGGUGAUCGGGGCAGGAGCCCUGCUGGCAUUGCUGCUCAUCCUCCUACUCUCGCUGCUCUGCUGCUGCUGCGUCUGUCGCAAGAAAGACGAAGUCCAUGGUGCAAACCAGGACCCAGCAGCAGCCAAGAAAACACCAAGAUGUUUAUGUGGACGUUUCAGUCGAAUCAGCAUGAAACUCCCCCGAAUUCCCCUGCGCCGCCAGAAAUUGCCCAAGGUUGUAGUGGCUCACCACGACCUGGAGAACACCAUGAACUGCAGCUUCAUCGAGCCACCCUCUGUGGUGGAGCAGCCCUCCCCAUCCUGGUCUUCCCGUGGCUCCUUCUCCUCAUUUGACACUACGGACGAGGGGCCGGUGUACUGUGUCCCCCAUGAGGAGAGUGUGGGUGACAGCAAGGACAAGGGAACAUCCUGCAGCCUAGGAGAGAAACUGAUGCCCCCAGUCGGUGCAGAAGAGGCGGGCGAAUACACCUUUCUUAAGGAGACAGGCUCUGUCAAAGCUUUCCAGGCUGACAGCAGUGAAACACCCCUGCUCAAGUCCUCUGACAGCGAGCGCUCGUCCUGCGGGUCAGGCUCUGCCAGCGCAGCACUCUAUGCCAGGAUUGCCCGGCUCUCCAAACAGUCCAAGGAUGAGGAAGAAAGCACCGCAGAGCCCAGGAGCCCUGGAGGGAGCGGGAAGCCACCUUCUCCUGAGAGAACCAAGCCCCGUCCCCCUGACCCAUCCACAAAGCCCAAAGUAUCCUGGAUCCACAGCAGGUACAACUCCAACCAGUCCAACUCGCUGCCUGCACCCAGCCAGUCCCCAGAGAGAGCCACCGCCCAGCUCAGCAGCCCUGAGCACGGCCAGGGCUUGUCCAAGAGGAAGAGGAGUCCAAGCGAGACUUCGGCCAGUGUGCACGGCAAAACAGACGAGAAGGGCAGUACAAGGAGCAAGGAGAAAGCGCACAAGCAUCCAAAGGAGCCAAGCUUCCCUGAGGGCAAAGCUUCUCUCCUCGCAGAGCCCCAGUCACCAUCCAAGCCCAAGCAGAGGAGCAAGGCCAACACAGAGCAGAUGGAGAAUAUCAAUGGGGCAGUCCAGAAUGCCUUCAAAAAGAUGGGUGGUUUCCACCCGGAGAGACGUGCUGGGGACAGCAAGGAGGCUCCCCGCAGCCCCAGCACCAGCAAGCUGCGCUCCGAGGCCCUCCAUCCCCACCUGACCUCGGAGGCAGCCACACUGCUGGCUGCCCAGCUGAAGGAAAAGACUCAGAGUAUGAAGCGCCAUGCGGUGAUCCAAGAGAAUCUGAGUAAGCUGGAUGGGAAAGCAGACCCACUCUAG